AUGGAAGGCAAGGAGUUCACGAUCGAAGACAUUUAUGUGGAGGUCGAUCUGCUGUUUUGGGAAGAACUCGAAUCCUACCUUGGCGAGAUACACGACGAACAAGAAAAACAAGUGACAGAUCAUUCUACUGCGAUGGACGAAGAAAUCGCCAGUUUUCAACUACCAUCGCCUUGGGAAGAAGAUGUCUUGAGCCAGAUAGACGACCUUGAUGUUGAAGUGGCGUAUGUUCUUGCGCAGCAAGAUAUUGACAAUCAGAAUGCGUUUGUUCGACGAAUCGGCCAUCCAUUCCAGAACCGAACGCCACCGAAGCGCAAUAAAUCGCGCACGUCAUUUUCCCGCCUCCAGAUCCUCGAGCUUGAGAAGCGCUUCCGCCGACAGAAGUACUUGGCUUCGGCGGAGCGCAGCACCCUUGCCAAGACUCUCAAGAUGACGGACGCCCAGGUUAAGACGUGGUUUCAGAACCGCAAGACUAAAUUGAGUCUUUAG